GACUGCAAUAUCAUUUGUGAAUCCCUCUCACAGUGCUGCAGAUAGGGGCUGCCAACACAUGCGGCGCGUCUGCAGGUGAGGGAACAGGCUGAAUGUGCUGGACACACACUGAGGAAUUCAUCCGACGUUUCCUGAUUCAAGAAAAAAAACAAACUGCGGAUAUACAUUUUUGUGAAUCCCUUUCUUUUUUCUGUCUUCUUUGCUUUGCGCUGUGGAGUUGCACACUAAAUAAAAGCAGAGAGGAGAGAAGUAUGCGUGCUGGCUGCAAGUGACUUGGAGGAAGAGCAGCCGGACAGGUAAUUUGCUUCAUAUUCACAUCCUCAGAGAUCGGAGAGUUGACAGGCUCCGCGCAGGCAACACUCACCGAGUUUGGAGGGUGGAAAAAACUGCGCGGGUAUUUAAAUAAUCCUGUGUGGACGCUGGGAUUUUUGCAGCCUCACCCCAAAAAAAGAGAGGAGAUUGUAGCCACAAACUGUGAGUAAAACGGCGGGAUAUGGACUGAAUUCACUUUCUGGUGAUGUGAUGCUCGGACUAUAAUUUUUGGCUUUUACGCGCAUGAUAUUGAGAGAUUCGCGGGAGCGCACGGAGCCUCUGUCUGGUGAGUGUUUUUUGAUAUCAUUGCGGUGUUUUUAUUUUUGAUACUAAAAGAAGGAAAGAGCAACUAACACCCAGAGCUGGAGGAGGAAAAGCAGAGAGCAGACGAGAAGCCCGUGCACUUGCUGCUUUGCACUGCAGCAGGAGCGAUGUAGGAAGUCGUCCGGAGGAUGAAGUCUCACGCAUCCCGCAGCAGAGGGCUUUGCUCUUUAUGAACACAUUUUUUUUUAACCUCCAUAUCUGGACUCUCUAUUGGUGAUUAUUUUUUUUUAUUCUCUGGACAUUUUUUUCACACCUAAGUGGACAUUUUUUUGCAUUGGAGAACAAUGAGGACUACUGGUGCAGUGGACUAUUUGUACUAUUGCAUGCUCAUCCUGCAGCUUGUGCAUCAGCCCGCUGCCAAGCAAGUGCUCCGGUACCGUUUGGCCGAGGAGGGACCCGCCGAUGUCAGAGUCGGGAACGUAGCCGGCGACCUGGGCAUCGUCGCCGGCUCAGGCGAGGUGACAUUCACGCUGGAGUCGGGCUCUGAUUUUUUCAAAAUAGACAACAUCACAGGUGAGCUCACCACCAACGAGAGGCGCAUAGACCGUGAAAAAUUACAGCAGUGCCAAAUGAUCUUUGAUGAGAACGAGUGCUUUAUAGAUUUUGAAGUGUCAGUGAUUGGACCGGCCCAGAGCUGGGUCGACCUCUUUGAGGGGAAAGUCAUCAUAUUAGAUAUAAACGAUAACACCCCGUCUUUCCCUUCCCCUGUCCUGACACUGUCUGUGGAGGAAAACAGACCAAUUGGAACCCUUUAUCUGCUGCCCACAGCCACAGACAGAGAUUUUGGCAGAAAUGGAAUAGAGAGAUACGAGCUUAUCCAGGACAAUGGGGAGAACUCAAGGCGCUUGGGCUCUUCUGGGGAUUCAUUCUCUGGGAAGAGAAGAUUUGAGGAAGGCGCGAGCAGGAGCAGCGUCUUUGAACUGCAAGUUGCUGACACUACUGAUGGCGAGAAGCAGCCUCAACUCAUCAUUAAAGGGGCCCUUGAUAGGGAACAGAGAGACUCCUAUGAGCUCACGCUGCGUGUCAGGGAUGGAGGAGAUCCCCCUCGCUCCUCGCAGGCCAUUCUGAGAGUGAUGAUCACUGACGUGAAUGACAACAACCCUCGCUUUGAGAAGAGCGUGUAUGAAGCUGACCUGCCGGAGAACAGCUCCCCCGGUGCCCCCAUACUGCAGCUCAAAGCGGCUGACGCAGACGUGGGGGUUAACGGUCAAAUAGAGUAUGUGUUCGGUGCAGCCACGGAGUCAGUGAGGAGGCUGCUGAGGUUGGAUGAGAACACAGGGUGGCUGAGUGUGUUGCACCGCAUCGACCGUGAAGAAGUGAGCCAACUGAGGUUCACGGUAAUGGCCCGUGACCGAGGCCAGCCGCCCAAAAUGGACAAGGCCACUGUGGUGCUGAACAUCAAGGAUGAGAACGACAACGUCCCUGCGAUAGAGAUACGGAAAAUUGGGCGCAUUUUCUUGAAAGAUGGCAUCGCCAACGUGGCUGAGGACGUGGUGGUGGACACACCCAUCGCCUUGGUUCAGGUGUCAGACCGAGACCAGGGGGAGAACGGCAUUGUGACCUGCACUGUUGUCGGGGAUGUUCCCUUUCAGCUGAAACCAGCCAGUGAGAUGGAGGGUGAGCAGAAUAAAAAGAAAUACUUCCUGCACACGUCUGCACCGCUGGACUACGAGGCCACACAGGAAUACAAUGUGGUCAUAGUGGCUGUGGACUCUGGGAGCCCCAGCCUCGCAAGUAAUAACUCUCUUAUCGUCAAAGUGGGCGACACUAACGACAACCCUCCUAUCUUCAGCCAGAAUGUAGUAGAGGUGUCGUUCCCUGAAAACAAUGCUCCUGGCGAGAGGGUGACAACAGUGGCGGCCAUCGACGCAGAUAGUGGGAAGAAUGCUGAAAUCGCCUACUCCCUGGACUCGUCGGUAAAUGGGAUUUUCUCUAUCGAUGCAGACAGUGGAGACAUCCGAGUAAACACCAUUCUGGAUAGAGAGCAAACAGAGCGCUACGAAUUCAAAGUGAUAGCCAAAGAUAAGGGCAUAAACACUCUACAGGGCUCUGCGACAGUGGUCGUCCUCGUGGCUGACAAGAAUGACAACGAGCCAAAGUUCAUGCAGGAUGUGUUCACCUUCUACGUCAAAGAGAACCUAGAACCAAACAGCCCAGUCGGCAUGGUCACGGUCAUAGACGCAGAUAAGGGCCAAAAUGCAGAGAUGAGCCUUUUUAUUGAGGAAGAGGAGGAUAUCUUUUCUAUUGAGAACGACACUGGGACUAUUUUCUCCACCCUGUCGUUUGACAGAGAGCAGAAAACUACCUACACCUUCCGUGUCAAAGCUGUGGACGGUGGCGACCCCCCCAGAUCUGCCACCGCCACAGUUUCACUCUUUGUCAUGGAUGAGAACGACAACGCACCCACUGUCACUUUCCCAAUAAACAGCUCCUACACCCUCCUCCCUCCCUCCAGCAACAUCAGAACAGUAGUCAGGACUGUCAUAGCAACUGAUACAGACACUGGCAUCAACGCCGACUUGAACUACAGCAUCAUUGGGGGGAACCCCUUCAAGCUGUUUGAGAUUGACGGGGGCACUGGGGUCAUUUCGCUGGUGGGGAAGCUGGAGCAGAAGCACUACGGCCUCCACAGGCUGGUCAUCCAGGUGAACGACAGCGGCCAGCCUUCUCAGAGCACCACCACGCUCGUGCACGUGUACGUCAACGAGACUCUUUCCAACUCAACAGUUGUGGAGGCCCAGGUGGCAAAGAGCCUGAGCACGUCCCUGAACACCAACAUCGCCGGCGACCCCAACUAUGACCUAAGCAAACAGCGGCUGAGCAUCGUAAUCGGAGUCGUUUCAGGCAUCAUGACGGUCAUUCUUAUUAUUCUAGUCGUGGUCAUGGCUCGUUAUUGCCGCCCCAAGAAUAAGAACGGCUACGAGGCCGGCAAGAAGGACCACGAGGACUUCUUCACGCCACAGCAGCACGACAAGUCCAAGAAGCCCAAGAAAGACAAGAAGAAACAGAAGUCCAAACAGCCGCUCUACAGCAGCAUCGUCACCGUGGAGGCCUCCAAACCCAACGGGCAGCGCUACGACGGCGUCAACGAGAAGCUCUCGGACAGCCCCGGCAUGGGCCGCUACCGUUCGGUCAACGGAGGGCCGGGGAGCCCAGAUCUGGCCCGGCACUACAAGUCCAGCUCCCCGCUCCCCACUGUCCAGCUUCACCCGCAAUCGCCGACGGCUGGGAAAAAGCACCAGGCGGUUCAGGACCUGCCCCCUGCCAACACCUUUGUUGGCACCGGAGAUAACAUUUCCCUUGGAUCUGACCACUGCUCCGAAUACAGCAGUCAAACUAUCAACAAGUACAACAAACAGCCGUUUCGCCGAGUGACCUUCUCUGUGGUGAGCCAGCCCCAGGACCCUCACCAGCAGGGAUCGCUGCAGAGCUGCUACGACAGCGGCCUGGACGAGUCGGAGACGCCCAGCAGCAAGAGUUCGUCAGGCCCCCGGCUGGGCGCCCUUCCCCUGCCUGAGGACAGCUACGAGAGGACAACGCCGGAUGGCAGUGUCGGUGAGGCAGAGCACAUGGAAAAUGACUCCCGGCCCUUGCCUGACGUAGCCAUGACUGGCAAGUGCACCCGGGAAUGCGACGAGUAUGGCCACUCGGACUCCUGCUGGAUGCCUGUGCGCACGUCGCCUGAGCGGCGGCCAUCCAAGUCAACCACCACCCCCCAACAACCAAAGCUUUCCACUUUCAUGAGCGGCAACGGCAGCGGCAGCAGCAGCGCCGAGCAGCCCGGCAGCCAAGAGACCCUCGCCAUGGCCGCCAUGGCCAACGGAGACCCCACCGCCGCUCACAUGAUGGGCGACCGCAACCGCAACCUGCUCAACAAGAAGAUGGCUUCCUCCUCCUCCUCCUACGAGGCCUUCGGCUCGCCUUCCUACGGCUCGCCGGGAAGCGGGGAGGAGGCGCUGGGCCACCCCACCGAGGAGAUCCCUCUGGCGCCCACUGGGGAGUACAAGCCCACGUCCUGUGGUACUCUGACACGGCGGGAGGUGUACCUGUGAGCUGGGAGUGUUUGACGCGCCCGCUGUGCCACCACACAUGGCAUUAAAGUACAACACUAAGCGUAGCUGCUUACCCACCACCGUUACAGCUCUAGAAGCUUUUACCCUUGUUCGGCAAGGUAGGACUAAACUUUCUCCAAAGACUUUUACGACAGCUCCUUAACGAGACGUGGAUAUAUAAACACAGUUUUUAAAGUGCUAACUCCGGCCAUGAGCUGGGAGAAAGGAGGAGGAGGAGGAGGAACUGUUGAGGGGCUUUGUUGGGACUCGGGAUGAGGCUGUUUUACUGGCGAGUCGGGCUCUUGGGACAUGAUCUGCUGCUUGACAGUCAAUCUGUACAAUAAUCAUUUUACAUAUACAGUACGUGCAUGCAUUACCCUCCCCCGCCCCAUGAAGGUCCUUGAAGAUGUACAAAAGAGACAAUUUCUUUUUUUUUUCUGUUUGUGUUUUUUCUAGAAACAAAGCUGUACAUGUGGACUAUUUUGACUUUUGAGUGUGUCUGGUUUGCCUUUUUUUUUUUUUUUUUUUUUUUAAAUAUCAGAACACUGCUCCGGCCACGACGUUCAGUGGCUGCAACGAUAUAUCGGACACAACGGUCUCUUGAGCUGUCUUAUGGAAUCCGUCAACUUGACUGUUUGUGACCAAAACUUAACCGUGUUUGAAUCUUAAAAAGGACUGGAAGCUUUAAAUACCCAGACAACACUUGUGUUGGUCCUCUCCUGUCACGGAGACUCUCGGGACGGAUGUCGGAGCCAAUGGAAUUUGCUGCAACUGUUUCGGACUACUACUUCGCCGCUGGGUUUUGACGAACUCACCGUGACUGAUUCUAACCUACCAGUGUGAAAAGUCACUCACUGUACAUAAACAUUGGACCACAGCAACAACGCUAACCGCUCUCAUUCCCCCUCCUUUUGUCUUGCUACCUUCCCCUCAGUCUCUCGUUUGUUGUCUUUGAUUGGCGAGACCAAAACCCCUCUGACGAGAUGCAAAUUUCUUAGAGCCAUGAUCCAUCGCCGCAUCGGCUGGAGACGCAUGCGUGUACACCGUAUUCGGAUCACCUCGGUGGGAUGCUACUGUUUAUAUCAAGUACCCUGUUUUUUCCGCAACCCACAUAUGCAGACACACAUACACAGAAGCAGAUUUAACUGAGGCCAGUGGCACCGCCGGACUGAUACCUGGGUAAGCACAGUGCGUGGCAUGCCGAGAUCAACCCUACGGAGGUGCAACUGAAGUUGUAUGUGUGUAUGGGCCCGAUAUGCAGUAUAUAGUGUGUGUGUGUAGGCUAUAUUUAGUGUAUACUGUAGAUGUACACCGAUAAUAGGCGUAGGAGGGCGUAGACAUGGCCGAGCUGAUCCUGAAACAGCUGCAAGGACAGCUUUUUACUGUUAUUUCUUUCUUGUUGUGUGAUAGACUGAGCAAUAAAUAUCAUAAUGUACACGUGACCAACUUCUUUUUCACUUUCUCCUCAAGCCUUCAAGGUGACAUCCCCCCCCCCCCCCCCCCCCCCCCCCCCCCACACACACACACACACACACACACACACACACGUGGCCGUCCUCGUAGGAGUCCUUUUAUAGCACUAGUAGAUGUUGCUUUCCAUAACGGUGAUGGCAUCUUUGAGCACGAAUGUAAGAAUCAGCUCAAUGGAGAACAAUCAAAAAUGUCUGUAACACGCAGAUACCGGGAGGGGUUUCUUUUUUUGUUGUUGUUUUGCUGUUGCUUCGCAAACAGGAUGAAGCACCCCCCCGACAUUAAGACACAAAAAUAGCUUUUCAUUUUGGGAGAACUUUGCUUUAAGUACGCAUCACAUGAAGGAUUUUUAUCACGAAGGAUUGAGAUACGACAACCCCCCCCCCCCCCCCACACACACACACACAGACACAUGACAAUGUUGAGAUGUUGUGCCUCCCCUCCCCUGCCGCCCCCCCCAAGUCCACAGUGGUGUUUCUUUUACUCGCAGCUACAGAGGCGCAAAAUCUCACGAGUGUAAUAAAAGCAAAAGAAUAUCAGAUGCAAUGGAACUUUUUUUGUAUGUUAGCAAAACCCCUUUGGUUUGACCGGAGCUGCUUUUUUCUCGCAACCCGGCGAUCUAUAGUCUGUAAGUACUACUCGUUGUUCGAAGGAAAGUGCUCUCCUAUACUUAUCAACUGUAUACAUAAAUAUUUACUUUCUACUGCACGUUUAAUGGGAACUUAACUUCACUUACUGAGAAGGAAGAAGAAAAAAAACUGUAAAACAAAAUGUACAAAAAAAAUGUUUUCCCUGUAAACAUGGAAAAACCCACCUUGUUGCUUGCUUUUGUUAUACCUAAAGAAACAUGUAGUACAACUUAGUACAUCAGUUAAGACCAUUUAUUUUUAUUUUUUCAUACUUAAAUUUCAUCAUAUAUCACCACUCAAACUUUCAUAUGUUUCUAUCUUUUUUUUUUCUUUUAAACGUCAUCUUUGUUUUUGCUUUGUAAUCCCAUACGUUUAUUUGUCACUUUUAACAGUCUCAAACCGUGGAAAUGAUCAUGACAAUGUACUAUGUGUUUAACUUUUUUUCUUUAUCUGGUGCCACUUUGUAUAUUUAGAGUGCUUCUGAAAAAAGAAAACAAACAAACAAAAAAAAACUAAAAAAAAAUACUAGAGUGAAUGCAAAUAUGCAAUUGUGCCUUUUUAUACCAAUUGGUAUGAUUAAAUGUUGGUUUGGAAUGGUGCAUAAAUAAAUUACGUCGAGAUGCUCACUAAACGUAGAUGGGGUGGCAUUUAAGAACGGACUGAAAAAUACAUUUGCAUAUCUUAGAUGAAAUCCCAUGAUGUCAAAAAGGCUUCUCGGAGGACAACCGGUCAGACGUCGGUGAGCCUGUGCGUCUACAAACACUCGCUGAUGUUGUUGAAAAUUAUCCAUUCCUAGCAUAGUGCAUUACCCGAAUGAGUACAGGUACAUUCAAAAGUUGCUUGUUGGUAGUAAUAAUAAUGAUAUAAUGGAUUUUUUUGUCGUGUUCCACUCAUGUACAUGUAUGACAUCAGAGGUCAAGUAACCUUCUUUGUGCAUGAAACAAGCUCUAGGACUGAAUAUAGAAGCGUAGAGAGAUAGAGAGGCGGGUAGGGCGGGUAGGGGGGGGAGAAGGAAAAAAAAAAUUGCUUGGAGACAUUUGACUGCUCGGAGUUGAGGGAGCCUAGAGAUAAAAAUGCUAAUGUGACGGUUUACUAGGAGGAGUGGAAGUAGGGUGAAAAAAAGCUGCAGGGGGAGAGUAGCUGACAGAACACACACCUCGGGAUGUGCCGAGCAACACAACACUCAUGCGCGGAUUUACAGUAUAUGCAUAUCAGUAGGUGAUGAAACCCUGUCCUACAAAUAAGCGCGGUAUGAUGUUUGCGGUGAUACUGCGAGGUGAUGCUUUGAAUUCCUAGAUCAGAUGGGAACAAAGACGCUGCGGCGUGAACCCCAGACAGAAAGAGGGAAGACAUGAAAGGAAAAAAAAAAACGCCAUACAUUGGCAACUAUUGAAAACAGCGAACACUUUGAGCACUGUUUUUUCCUGGUACUCACUGCUGCUGCUACAGAAACCUGGAUUCUUCUUUUGUUUUUUAUACAGAAUUCAUGAUGCCAUCAAAAACUGUCUGUAUCUUGCUGCCCGAGGUGUGUGUUCUCUGUGCUCUCCUCUACUCGUAUAGCCUUCACAGUGUGUAAUGAGAUUUGUAAUAUUAACCAUUACUAUUUGUCCUGCGACUUGGAUGUUGAUAUAGAAAUUUGAGGAACAAAUUUAUCAUCGUUUAAUAUGAGUCACUAUGCACGCAGCUUAGCUGAACAUGGCAAAGUGUAUUGAACGCAAGUCCACUUCUAUUUAUGAGAUAUUUUACAUAAUUUAAUUUGCUUUUGUACAGGUUUGUGUAAAUAAAUUGCUUGUCAUUUUUGUCUCUGCAGAAAUUAAAAUAUAACAUGGUAAAACAAGUCGA